CUUACGUGAUGACGUCGCCUAGAGCGACAGAAAAUAUUCAAGAUGGGGCUUGAGAGUACUAUGGUUUGUGUGGACAACAGUGAAUACAUGCGCAAUGGAGACUUCUUACCCACCAGACUUCAAGCUCAGCAAGAUGCUGUCAACAUCAUCUGCCUUUCAAAAACUCGCAGUAACCCAGAAAACAAUGUGGGACUCAUCACUAUGGCCAAUAACUGUGAGGUCCUGACCACACUGACCCCGGACAGUGGGAGGAUUCUGUCCAAGCUUCAUGCUGUUCAGCCUCGAGGAGUUAUCAGCUUCUGCACAGGCAUCAGAGUAGCUCAUCUGGCAUUAAAACACAGACAAGGGAAGAACCAUAAGAUGAGGAUCAUCGCCUUUGUUGGAAGCCCUGUGGAGGACCAGGAGAAAGAUUUGGUGAAGAUGGCAAAGCGUCUGAAGAAAGAGAAAGUAAAUGUCGACAUCAUUAACUUUGGGGAAGAGGAGGUUAACACAGAUAAGCUGACUGUGUUUGUAAACACCCUAAAUGGAAAGGAAGGUGUCGGUUCUCACCUUGUAACGGUGCCCCCUGGCCCGAGCCUGGCAGAUGCUCUAAUGUCCUCUCCCAUCAUGGCUGGUGAGGGCGGCACCAUUUUGGGCCUGGGUCCCAGCGACUUUGAGUUCGGAGUGGACCCCAGUGCAGACCCCGAGCUUGCUCUGGCUCUCCGUGUCUCGAUGGAGGAGCAGAGACAGCGGCAGGAAGAGGAGGCACGCAGGGUGACCGUGGCCUCGGCUUCGGAGGCUGGAGUCACAUCGCCUACUGCAGAUGAAUCUGAAAAUGCACUGCUGAAGAUGUCCACGGCUCCUGCCCUUCCUGAUUUUAGCCGCAUGACAGAAGAUGAGCAGAUUGCUUAUGCUCUACAAAUGUCAAUGCAAGGAGGAGAGUUUGGAUCUUCAGAGGUCAUGGAUGUGGAUGCAGGUGCGGCACCAGAGGCUGAGGCAACUAAGGAGGAUGAGGAGGAUUAUGACGUGAUGCAGGAUCCAGAGUUUUUGCAGAGUGUGCUGGAAAACCUUCCAGGAGUCGACCCUAACAAUGAGGCCAUCCGUAAUGCAAUGGGAUCGCUGGCAACCCAGAGCAGAGCCAAACCACCUGAGGGAAAGAAAGAUGACGAGAAGAAAUAGAGGAACAAGACGCAACGGGACUGAUAGUGAAGAGCAAAUAAUGCGGUUUAAGGGUUGGAAAAUACAUAAAUAGGAUUACAAGUACAUUUAAUGAUUUUUCUUGAAUAAAAGAGGAGACCGCUGAAACAGAAAAGACUAACCCCUGACUCUUGUGAAAAACAUCCCGGAAAGCAUGCCUUUGAUGAUGAAUGACCAUAUUCUUUUUCUUUCUUUAACAUCGUUAUCACAUUAACAUCUUGAUCAGUAACAUUUUAACGGAUGUGGAAAAUGCCAAACAAAACUACUUCAAGUAUUAGUGUGUACUUCAGUGUUGGUUGUUUGCUUGGUAGAUUGCUUUGACACCCAAAAUAUUUUCUUUCUGGGCUUUGGAUGACUCUGUAAAUGUUUCUUGGUCAAUUUUGUAUCACUGUUAAGUUCCUUUUGUAAUAAAGGGCUUUGUAAUGGUUAAGGAAUUGGAA